GAUAUAUGAAUGGACCAUAUAAAGCUCAGUGUUGGUAUCCACUGAGUCACUGCUGUAAUGGAAAUUCGGGUUCCCUUAGACACUUAAGUUUCGAGAAUUACGCCUUUUGAUGCUUACAAAACAACUCCUCUGUAACUUUGAACUAAUUCUCUUCUGGUAAUUUAUGUAAUUUCGGAUUUCUGUGGCACCUAUUCAAAUGUCAGCGGUUUGGCGUGUUGCUUCAAACCAUCCGAAAAAACUCGUUGCCGGGACACUAUGUAUGGUUUAUUUGUAUAAUUUUACGGAGGGGAAAUACCGAGACUACGUUUUACACCGGGAAAUAUGCUCCAGUGUUGCUUCGGAAAAUUACCAAACCAUUAACAGCAGACAAUCUCUACGCAGCGUAACGGUGUUUAUCAAUCCAUUCACGCGUCGUGGAGGUCUUUUAAAGGAGUUCGAAAAGCAUGCUGCUCCUAUUUUAUACCUAUCUGGUUUGGAUGUCACAACAGUUUAUUUAGACAAUGAUUCUGAAAUAAAAGACUUUGUGAAGGUGUUGGAUCAAACCAGCACUGAUGGUGUUAUAGUUGCUGGUGACGACAAUCUGAUCCAGAAAGCAGUUACAGGUUUGUUAUGUCGGAGUGAUUUUAAAACUAGUCUGUGGUCAUUACCAAUUGGAGCAGUGCCCGUAGGUAUAUGGAAUGGGUUUAUAAACUCCAUAUAUGAAAAAACAGUCGUCCCCAAGUGGUUCUAUAACGUUUUACAAUCUGUCCUACAACAGAACACCAAACGGCGAAAUAUUUUGGAAGUAAAAGUUGUUUCAGAAGAUAGUCAACCAACUGACCAAUCGAAGACAUCAUCUACAACGACUUAUUCUUUAUUAGGUAUUGAAUGGAAUAUUUGGAGAGAUAUAGAACUUGGUGGAGGUUGUGGUGCUAGUGAUAGGCAUAAAAAGCCAAAAAAUCCUAAUGAUCAUCGUGGUGUACUUACUACACUUUCUAUUUCAUCGCCAAAAUCUUGGAGUCGUAAUUUCGGUGCAUUAUGGCGAUCAACUUGGUAUUGGCUUAAAUCAUCCGAGAACAAUAUUCAAUUAAAUCUUCAAGAUAGUUCUAAAACUUCAUCGGAAGAAUCUUCUGAUUCUUCAGUGUCUGUAUCUGAAAAAAAGCCAAUAAAAAGUCUUGUAAAGUUGGCUCGCCUUACUUAUACUCCAAUGUGUACAGGAUGUUCGAAAUGUUGGGAGAAAAAGUUAAUGAGCUAUAAAGAAUUUUGUUCCGGUGUAAAAACGAAUAAAUCAAAAUCUUUAUUAGGCAAAAUAUUUGGAUUCUCAUUAAGUGAUCAUAAAAACAGCAAUAUUAAUAAUAAAUCAUUUAUUAAUAAUAAUAAGAGUAAGAAUAAUAAGAAUACAAUAAAUGAUGAAAAUUUACAAAUUGAAAAACAACUCAAAGCUAGCAGUGUCAUAGAUAAUCCAGAAUGUGAAGAACUAAAAGAAUUAUUGCUUGACAAUGCUUCAGGAUUGACAAUCACUCCAGAAGGAGAUCACAUUCGUUUAGAUAUUUUGCCUUGUUCCACCAGUUAUUGGGAUCAUAUAAAACAGUUUCGUUCAUGGCUCCUUUCUCAACCGUAUUCAUUUAAAUCUGGAAGCAGGGUGAUUUUGUGUGAUAAAUUGCGUUUGUUUCCUGAUCAAACUGAAAACGAGUUUUACUGGAUUGACAAUGAUUACUUUGAAGCCCGUCCGAUUGAAGUUAAUUUGCGACGCAACGCUGUCAAUUUUUUCAUGUAAUUCUGUUACUUCACCUAAAUAAACUAGAUUUUUUUUAUU